AUGUUCCCUCAAUCGCUGCGUGCGAAAAAGAGCAUUAGUCAGCCCAUGGUGAACUUCGUCCGUGGGAAAAGAACGAAAAGUAAGGGAUCAUUGAGCCCUGUGGCUCAAAGAGUGGUCACACAGCUGAGCGUCAUGUCCGCCAGUCGUAAGCAACCCAAGCUGUUGAAACUGUCGCGCGAGGAUCUCAUCAAGCACCAAAUGAUUCAAAAAUGCUGGUCUAUGCACCAAGAACAGUUACGUACGAAGCGCAACGAUCAGCUGAGGAAUCAGUACAAGAGUGCCCACAAUGCGAUGGACCUGCUCAAACAAAUAGACUCCGAGCUGUAUGCUGCAGCGAACGAAAGUGAAGCUGGUAAGAGAUUCCCCACCGAACUCAGAAUUCCUACAAAUUAUCCCCCAAAGAAGAUAUGGUACUACGAAUACAAAAAGAAGGAAUAG